AUGGAUAGAUCAUGUCCGAUGGAGUCGAUUCAGUCAACCCAAGAAGCUAGAACCAAGUCAUCCGAGGACUAUAACUCUGCUGACAAUGGUGACUAUGAGAGCAAUGAGUCGGUCACGAAUCCCAAGUUAAGCAUUGACACCGAUGCCGCCCCAGAUGGCGGAUAUGGAUGGGUGAUUGUUGCGUGUGUGUUCUGGCUACAAGUCCACACCUGGGGAAUCAAUGGGAGUUAUGGCGUCUUCUUAUCCUACUACAUGGACAACAACAUCUACCCUGGCACGAGUUCACUCGCCUACGCCUUCAUCGGUGGCGUCGCCAUCGGCUGCGCCUACCUCAUGGCUCCCGUCACCGUGUUUCUCAUCCGCCGAUACGGCACCCACACCACAAUAAUCUCGGGUAUCAUCAUCCAAACAGCCGGACUGAUCCUCGCCUCCUUCACCACCCGCGUAUGGCAGCUCUUUAUUACUGAAGGGGUCUGCUUCGGUGUCGGCAUGGGUAUCAUCUACAUGACCUAUCUUGGCGUUCCGCCACAAUGGUUCGACAAGAAAAGCAGCGUUGCAAAUGCCAUCCCCGCAGCUGGCGCCGGAACCGGUGGCCUCAUUUACUCCCUUGGCAUUGAAGCGAUGAUCGAGAACCUCGGCCUCCCCUGGACAUUUCGAACAUUAGCCAUCGUCUCUCUGGUCGUGAACCUCGUGUGCGCCGCCUUCCUCCGCGACCGCAACAAAGCCACCGCCAGCCGCCAUGUCGCAUUCAACUUUCCUUUGCUAAAGAAAAUCGAGGUCCUGCUUUUGAUUGGUUGGGCCAUCUUCAGUACCUUUGGCUUUGUGGCCAUCAACUUCAGUCUACCCAACUUCGCAAUCUCGAUCGGAUUGACCGCGCGCCAGAGCAGUGUGGUCGGCGCGCUGCACAAUCUGGGACAGGGGAUUGGACGGCCCCUCAUUGGCUUAUUCAGUGACAGACUGGGUCGAUUGAACGUGGCGACGGCCCUGUCCCUGGUAUGUGCGGUGUUCUGUUCCGCUAUCUGGAUUCCCGCUCGGAGUAUGGCAGUGUGCUGUCUGUUCGCGGUAAUGGGAGGCAUGGUGUCGGGAACAUUCUUUGCCACAGUGGCUCCCGUGUUUGUGGAGGUGAUCGGGUUGCAGGAUUUACCUGGGGCCCUCAGUAUACUUUGGCUGGUGCUAGUAGGACCUGGUGCGGUGGGAGAGGCAAUUGCGCAAGCACUGCGACGGCCGGCAGAGGGAAUGGAGGCGUACCGGCAGGUGCAGAUCUUCGCGGGGAUGGUGUUCGUCGCGGCGGCGUUGUGUCUAUGGGUGGUGCGCGGGUGGAAGGUGCAGCAGCGGCGGCGGGGAGCUGCCACUCAUACAGCGGGGAUGUGCAAAGAGAUGGUAGAGGUGGAGGUAAGGGCAGAGAAGUCAGGGUGGAAUGUGUUGGAGUUGGCCAGAGAAAUGGUGCGGUACUCUCGUGUAUAG